CACUGCUGGUCCUGUCCGUAGGAGUUGGAGGCAAACUGGGUCAUAUAAUGGCUGCAGAGAUGGAAGACGACAGACGUUACUAUCCAUGUAUCUGUCUUACUAUGUAUCUAUCACAUGGUCCACGGAUUAAAUGUCGGCAAAUUUAAAAAGAACGUACGCCACCUCUUCCCCUUUAAGAGAACGGUCUCUCCUCUCGCACAUUCGCUUUCUGCCAUCACUCGGUUCCUGGCGGAACGCUGAAUGGCUAUUUCGCCACAAUCCCGGAGUUGAUUGUUUUUCUCCAAUUACCAACGUAAAGACAACGAAAAACAUCACAAGACUGGAGACUUUAAUGAUUUAUCCAUUCGAAUUUUCCUUGAAACGAGGACAAGUGUAUCAGAAGAAAGGGGUCGCCUCGUCUCGGUACAUAUACGUUUUACCAGUCAAUCUGAGAUUGUUGUGGAUGCAUUUGUUACAUUGUGCUUGAGGAUGCAAACUUACACAGCAUCACAUAUCCCUGGAGAAGGCGACAGCUUCAGUAUAGCUAAGUGAAUUAUUGCGUGAUCUAUUCCAAAAUAUGCCGAUGAUGGAAUAAAUAUCACAGGAUGCAUGGGAAACAACUCCAAAAAAAUAACACCGGUUAGAGUGCGGUGAUCUUUGGUAGCAAGAUAAACGUUUGUUGUUUACAAUCCAAGUCAUAUGUGUAGCUGUGAGAAAUACAGCUACGUUUGUUUCUUAAACCUUUCAUUCUUGCUCAGAAGAGAGAUUUUAAAGGAUUGCACGGUGUGCUUUCAGACUUGUUGUUUUUUGUUUACCGACUUCUCACACUGAAAGAGAGUUUCGAGUGUACUUAACUUCUGGCGUCCAGUGGUGAUUUAUUUGAUAUCUACAGUCCCCUUUUUGUUGCCUAUUAUAUGAAUGCGUGUCCUGAAGAACCGAUGAGAGGAUGCACGGCAGUAAUGUGCGACACGUCCCAAAGUAGAAAAGAAGCUGGACAUUUGGCAUAAAGUUUUAACUUUUGGAAACUCUUUUCCUGCGUUGGUUUUUUCCUGGCGUAGCCCAUCGGUCUUCAUGCUCUCGGGACAUUGGAAGCGGCGAAUGUAUUUGAUGCCUGCCCAAAGAGUGAGCAAACGUGUUUAGCCACACUUCCAAUGAAAACAAACAAAAAACACCAGAGCUUUGACAGGACUUCCCAGACUCACUCUCGAUUGGCAUUGUUUCCCGGAGCCGCGACACGCAGAUCAAUGCCAGCUGUCAGAUCUCGCAGGAGGAGUGUUGAUUGCGUCGCGUCUCGCCUCAGAUCUGUGAGCUGGUGACUUUCUGCGUGCGCUUCUGAGGCGGUGGAUCUGAGGAUAAUUCAGCUGUGCAUGGGGGCAGUUGGCAUGGAUUUCAAACCAACAGAGGUAUGAGUGCAAACGAAUUCCAUGUGCGUCGUUUUCAGACAUCCAGGAAGCUUUCACACAAGUUGUUCGUCGACAUUUUGCCAGUCCACAUUGUACCUCGCCAGGAUAAAGCCAGCCAAUACCGCAAUUACCAUAUUUAAACGAUUAAAACGAUAAAAUAUUCAGGGCAGCUCGCAGAGGUCCAUGCUUUUUUAAGCAGAUCCAUGGCAAAGUGGCUGAAAGAUUAUUUGAGUUUCGGUAACCGGCGAGUGCCUCCUCAGCCACCUAAGCCAGACUACACCGAGAGCGAGAUACUCAAAGCCUACCGCAUCCAGAAAAGCUUGGACUUCGAAGAUCCGUACGAGAACGCGGAGAACCGAGCUCGGAACGGCUCUGUAAUGGCAGACCUGCCUGUGUCUGCCAGUAUGGACAUGAAGUCACCCAAACACCGGCUCAUCAAGGUGGAGUCGCAGGAUCUGGGUCGCAGCAAAAUCCUCCUGAGCGCCGUAUCCUUUGAGGAACCGGACCCGGUUGUCCCCUCAGCCCCGGCAGCAGGAGACAUGGACUACUCCGACCCGUUUGAUGCCCGCCCAGACCCACGGCCAGUGCCCAAACUGGAACCAGCACCACCUGAGAGCAACGGCUACAUGGAACCCUACGAGGCACAGAGGGUCAUCACCCAGCUGCAGCGCGGGACGGGGGGUGGCCGGUCGAGGGGCGGGGCCCAGCUGUACGACACCCCGUACGAGGAGCGAGGGCGGAGCCGGGGCGUGCCAGCGGAGGAGGGGCGUGAGAGCAGGCUGCCCCAGGACGACGAGCGGCCCCCGGAAGAGUAUGACCAGCCCUGGGAGUGGAAGAAGGACCACAUCUCCAAGGCCCUUGCUGUGCAGUUCGACAGCGCGGAAUGGGAGCGCUCGGCAUCCCAGACUGAGCGUGUGCGGCCCUCCAGGUCCAGCCCCAUGGUGGGGAGCAACAUCAAGUUUCGCACGGCCUCUGACACCCCGCCCGUGCUGGGAGAGAGAGUGGACCCCACCUUGCCCCUGGAGAAACAGGUGUGGUACCAUGGAGCUCUGACUCGCUCGGAGGCUGAAUCACUGCUCACCUUGUGUAAGGAGUGCAGCUACCUGGUGAGGCACAGCCAGACCUGCCGCACGGACUACUCUCUCUCUCUCAGGAGUUGCCAGGGCUUCAUGCAUAUGAAGUUCACCAUGUCCAAGGAUGGGAAGUACAUCUUGGGUCAGAACAGCCCACCCUUCGACACCAUCCCAGAGGUCAUUCACUACUACACAACACACAAGCUGCCAAUCAGAGGAGCCGAACAUCUGUCCCUGCUCUUCCCAGUUCUAGUACAAACUCUCUGAUUGGCCUGGACAUAAGUCACCUGCUGUAUAACAGUAGUUUUGAGAGGAUGGUAAUUUUAACUGACUUGGAUGGAGAGGAAGUUGAACUGCUUUUUUCAUGAGUGUCCUCUUUGGAUGAAACUUUCUUGGCAAGUUUGACUUUAAGUGGUUGCUCAGCGACUUUUUUCAAAGGUUCAUUUCUACUUAAUGGGUAAAACAGACUGAACCUGGAGUAAAUCUUUCCUGACUGCUCCCUUUUUUGAAAACACCUUUUCCCUUAUGUGGUUUUGGGUUGUCUUUUGGAAUCCUGUGCUUUUGUUGGAUGGUCUCCGUUGAUGCUUUGUCUACACUGAUUCAUCGAUAUGAACUCUCCAGACAAGCUAAAGUAGAAUCUCAUUGGUUCGACACACUGUAUUCCUACAGCCAAUGAAAAUGCGUGCCAUCUGAACUUUCUUUCUGAGUGGACUUCCAGGAGAAACAGGCCUAAGUCUCAUGUGACCUGUUAGACUGAUGCUGUCACUCCACAGUUUGCAUUUCUCUGUGUAUUAAUUCUACUGUUGGAAAGUCUCGGGACAGAAUUUUUUUUCCGUAGUAGCUUGCAUUGUCACAUUAGAAAACCAUCACCAGCUCUUACCAAAGUGGAUUUCGACAAUAGACAUUGCAGAGUACUAUUAUUGCUAUAAUUGUUAUGUAUGGUAACGAUCAUAGUAACGUUAGGGAAUGGU